AUGUGGAAAAUUAGAAGCUUAACCCGUAACUUUGUCAGGUAUUACUCUACCAGUAAUAAGUUAUUACUGGAUAAGGCUGAUUCUGAGGUUAAAAAUGAGUUGGAAAAGAGAUUGCUCGAAGUUUUACCACAAAAUUGGUACAAAGAUAAAGUUAUUAAAAUUCAAAAAAUCAUUUCAAAUUCUUUUUUAAUUUUACUCUUCACUGGGGGGUUCCUAGCGAAUUUUUUUGAUGAUAGGAAUAAGGAAUUAUCAAGAAUGAUAAUAACUUCGGAAAUACACUUAAUGAGUUCAUAUUUAGCAUUUACUUCUGGAAUACAAUCGGGAUUACAGCAUUAUUUAAGCUGUGGAAUUGUUCAAAGAAGGUUUAAUUGGAUACCUCAUUAUAGACAAGGUGUUGCAAUUUCCGGUGUAUUAGCUUCAACUUUUGCUUCAAGCAAUAGUGACGUAUCCUCCAAAAGAGUAUUAAGUAUACUGUUGAUGUCGUAUUUGGGAAUUUUGGGAAAUGAAUACCUCUUUGCGAAACUGAAAUUAUCACCUCAAUGGAUGAAGUUGCAUUCCAAGAAAAAGGCAAUUUCCAUCACAAUGGGCAUAUUAUUAUUACUGAUGUGUGAAUCACAAGUUAUCAAUGGGAAAACACCAGAACUAUAAAAUUUUCAAUAUUUUUACUACAUUUUAAUCAUAUUAUUAU